AUGCUGAUGAUCAUUGGACCAGAUGACGCUUCAUUGUUUGAGUGCACAAAGUCGGCGGACAACGAGAGUACGCACCUGUCGCGGCAGUUAAUGCUGUAUGCCUCACUGGAUCUCUUAGAUGACGUUCUAUGGACGACAGGGGACUUCCUCCUCCCCGCGAUUGAUCGGCCAUUAGAUGGAAAGUACUACGUUUCCGCCUAUGUCGGUUUUGCGCCCAUCAAACUGCUGCUGAUGCAAGAGCAGGAACCCAGCAAAAAUGCCCGCCAAUUUCUGAAUGAAGUGUACGGGCUUUGCGUGCGUUACUUUCUCAAUCCCUUUUCGUUUCCAAACACCCCUGUUCGCUCCACGUUGGGGGACAAAGUUCGUGCGCUAUAUGAGCGCUACACCUAG